AACCUAGCCGCUUCCCUGCCGUGAAUGACACUGCGUGCGAUUCAUUCAAUCUGGAGCGUCAGAUGGUUUGCUCUGGCGGCAGCACAAGGUGCUCCAGCGUCUCUCUAUUGUCCGCUUGCCUGUGAUUGCCGUAGUGUCUAUGUCAGGGAUCAUAAUUACAUUACUAUUGAUAGUUAGGUUACUACUGAAAAUCAUGAAGCACGGGGGAUGCGGUGCAAUGAAUCCAGCAGCUGAAUGUUUUCAGCGGUGAAGAUACAUACUGUUCAGCUCUACCGAUCUCGGACAGGAACUGGAAAUAUCUCUCGUUCAAUCUUUGCCGUGCCGCUUUCUUGUGACAAAGCUGAAGGAACGCACAUAACUGAGAUCCGUCAGCUAUCGCUCUUGAUUCGUCGACCACACUGCCCUGUCUCUUUAUUAAAGAUAACAAGCUGCUUUCUUUUGCCGUCGUUAACUGAGUAAAAUCUGUUGUAUCUUAAGACCUGGACAACCUAUCGGUGGAGGGAGGAGCGAAGAGAGCAGCUUCAUCGCAGUAAACAACACUAAUGCUUUGUCUAUUACACGGGCUGCACUGAAAAGAUUGGCAUCGUUCAUCUACACAGGACAAUGAGAUGGGAAUUUGGACGGAGUGAUUUUAUGCGCGUGGAAGCGAAUCGGUCCUAAAGCACGUCACCUGCACGGUGUGGACGCUCACAGGAACUGCUUGGUCAACACCAAAAGGAUUGGGGAUUUUGGAGUUACAGUGAUCCACGUGGAACGGGAAUCCUAAGUGGACGGUUAAUCAUGGGCUGUUGCAGUGGCCGGUGUACACUGGCCUUUAUAUGUGGGAUGCAGCUGAUUAGCAUAUUGGAACGACAGAUCUUUGACUUCCUUGGCUACCAGUGGGCUCCAAUCCUCACCAACUUUGCUCAUGUCAUCAUGGUUAUCCUGGGCCUCUUUGGCACCGUGCAGUUCAGACCGAGAUAUGUGACGGGGUAUGCGGUUUGGUUGGUCCUCUGGGUCACCUGGAAUGUCUUUAUCAUCUGCUUCUACCUGGAGGUGGGGGACCUUUCCAAGGACAAGGACCUGAUCAUGACUUUCAACAUCUCCAUGCACCGGUCCUGGUGGAUGGAGAACGGCCCCGGGUGCCGGGUGACCCCCGUGACCCCCCCUCCGUCCUGGGCCCCCGAGGACCACCGCUACAUUAGCAUCUCCGGCUGCCUGCUGGAGUACCAGUACGUGGAGGUCGCCCACAGCUCCCUGCAGAUCAUCCUGGCGCUUGCUGGGUUCAUCUAUGCCUGUUAUGUGGUGAAGCUCAUUUCAGAGGAAGAGGACAGCUUCGAUUUUAUAGGAGGGUUCGACUCCUACGGUUACCAGGGGCCUCAGAAGACGUCGCACCUCCAGCUGCAGCCGAUGUACAUGUCAAAGUGACAGCGACACCUGCCUUAAGAACACAUCAAAUAGACAACUUUUGCUUUUUUUUUCUUCUUUCUUAAAUGUCUUAAAAUUAUACAGUGUCUUACAAACUGACUGAAAAAGAAAGAAAACAAUAUUUGACAGUUGAACCUCAAAAAGACUGAAACAAUCACUCUGGCCUUUCCUUUGUCUCUGCCUGGCAAGUCCACACAGGCUGGGGAGAGGCCUUUGCCGGGGGGGGGGGGUGGGGGGGGGGGAUGUGAGAAGACGCAAGAUCGCCAUCCUGUGGCCGCGCACUCCCAACGCUCCCCAGAUCUCCACGCUGACUUUCUCUCUUUCUAGCGGCAGAGCAACCAGGACAUUAAGGCUGCGAGUGACAUCGAUCCCGAUCGACUUUUCCCCAAAGAGAUCGAGAUUCUGGACAAAAAAAAGGAACCGUUGGAAUUGUGCCAUUGCACUGACACUGCUCGGUGGUGACCGGUCGUCAGUUCUUGCCGAUUAACACGAUUAGAAAUUCUCUUCGCUAAAGGAAUGUUCAUUAACUCAUCGAUACAACCUUAGCCACAAUAAGGUGGUAUCGGCUCUAGCUCCCUUAAACAAGUGUAGUGUCCACGAUAAAUUGUUAGCAUGAUUUCCCACGUGCUAACGUGUUGCCAGUUUUCGCAUCUGCAACAGAGCAGCCAUCUAACCUUGGGCCGUCAGGCAAAAAAAAAAAAAAUGGGGGGGGGGGCUGAUCACUUGAAAAAGAAAGUGAGGAGAAUUGCUUUUCCUUUCCUGAGGUUGUAUUUGUCCUGAAAGUGCCAAGAACAAUGACAGAAAACGGUCUUUUGAAAAACAGUGGAUGUUUCCCACAGAGAUUCUAUUUAUUUAUUUAUUUUCUCUGAAGUAUGGCGGUGGUUUUUUUUUUUUUUUCAAACAAAGCCUUUGUGUAUUUUACGUUGGCUAUUCUUUCACAGAUGGGUCUCUAACAUCCAUUCAGAGUCGGUAUGGGAUAUGGUGAACUCUGUUUGCGUGAGGUGUCAAAAUCCGUGGCCUAUUUAACCACUGAAAGCAUUACUUUUACCGGAGACAUCCAAAAAGGCAGACGCAGCCGCGGUCCCAGAAAAAGACCGCCAUCGCUUCCUGCUUUUGUACGGCAGCACCGAGAGUUUCGUCAAACGACAAAGAGAAAUGUAACUCCUUUACAUUUAAGCCGUUUUUAAACGUGUAACAGUGUUUACUCUUUUUAUAGUUCAUAAUUUAUUAUGUUGUGUAAGUGGGCCUUUCGUUCUUCUAACUGUACAGGGGGGAAGGGAGACGUGGGCAAAGGUGACUCACGGAUAGCGUGACAUCACAAGGGGGCGGGGGUAUGUGGUAGAGUUUGUGCCGUGACUGAGAAUAUUGUGCUUCUUGUAGUGGGCAGCACAGAACCCUGGAUCCCACCCGAACAGAUUCUGUGCUUCCGUAGCGACACUGGGUGUUUCUUAUACUCAUGAUACAAGCGGGUCUCAAAGCCUACAUCAUUCCAUCGUUUGACUGAAAAAUCUCCUAGAGACUCCUAAUAUUGUUUUUAAUUCCUGGCAUAGUGUGAAAGCAGAAAUAAAACAAGCAUUAGGUAUGAAUGCAUUAGCUACACUGGAAACGAAUGGGGUGGACAAGCCGACCUCCUCUUCGCAAAGUAAAAUUGUGGCUUUGUUCUUAUUCCUGACAUCACCUCUCCACUCCUCUAGUCAGACUUAAGUGAUACAUUGAAGCUUAAAAGGAUCUUCUCAACCCCCAGAAAGUUUGCUGUGUGAUUAGAUUUGUCUCAAGCCGAUUCAUGCUAUUAACAAUGGUGAGUAGGGUCCAAGGCAUAAUAUAGCAAAUCACUCCCUCCACUGAAUUUCUCCAUCUAUAAUUUAAAUGGUUCAUUAAAAAUGCAUACAUUCGCUGUGCAUAAAUCUCUCAUUUGAUGUACUAGACUGCUAAGCCUUGUAAUUGUGGCCCAGUAAGUGUGUGCUUGCAAAUGUGUCCGGAUAAGUAGAGGUUCUCUGCCGUCUGAGUGUUAAUGGCUUGAGGAAUGAGGUCUAUUUUUGAAUGAUACCGAAUGCUUUUACGUGCUAUUGUUAACAUUCCAAACUGAGAGAAACAGCUGCUUAUCCCGACUGCGGCUUUGGAAUCUCCAUCAGAAUGUCUCAUAGACGUGCCAAGCUGUGUACUCACUAUGAUCUAUGUACAGUGAACCUGAGGUAAAUCUUCUGCCCCUAAAGGCACAACAGACAGCAGUGCAUUCUGGGACUUUUAAAGCAGUAUUGAACCCGAGGCAUACCCCAUAAUAACUGUGGUGAAUGUGGCCAAGACCAAAUCACCAUUUAGCCAGCACAAACUGGGAUAAGAAUAUCAGACAGGGUUCAUAGGCCUACUGUGUGAAUUCGACCUACAAGCUUGAAAUAGUAUACCUACUAUAUUGGAAUUAACAGUGGGUAAUGUCUUUAUCAAUUUCAGAUUCUACACUGAAUUUAUUAAUGUUAUUAAUGUUUUGGUAUUAGACGCUAUACAAUUGCAAUUAAAGAAUGAAACAAGAGAUAUGUGUAUUGGUAGUUAGCUACACAGACUUCAUUUGUGAAUGAGCCAUUGUCAGCCUGUCGUUAAGUCAUUUCUUUCUGAUGUGUGCCCCUUGCCACUGAUUAUGCGCUCUCGGUCUGUCCUAGAAUGCACCUUGGGGUCUCAGACACACGCCAUAAUUUCAAAGGUCCUUGUUAGCGGCUGAGAAGGGAGAAAUAUCCUCUGAUAUGCUGCACCACUCACCAAAUGGAUGCCACUGUACGUGACCCUGUGUCAAAGGCAAUAAAAAGCAGCGAGUCACAUGCACGCUUGCGCCAACAUAAUGUCCAUGCAGUUUGACCCUCGGUCUGAGUCACUGCACUUCAUUGUGCUAGGAAUGUAGUGUAGGCAAUGGUUCUGAAGCAAAAUCAUUCAAUAGAAACCCAGGCAAUACUGCAUGACGCUUCUGCCAAGGUAGGUCUCCUGGAUUAAUAUGUCAAGUCACUGUUACUGUGUCCCAACACCUUUAAUCUCAAAUCUGAUGCCAGGUUGUAAAUAAGUCAACAUGAACUCUUAACAGGUUCUCAUAUUUUGUGAUAUAUACAAGAUGUUGUUUGGAUCUAAAUUUCCAAUUAGGCUUUUUUAAUGGAAUAUGGUGCACUAUUAAUCAUUUCAACAUUACUGACAGCUUUGUGAUAUGCUAUUGCAGCCAGGCACUAUUCUUUCAAGAAUCAUCCUUUAAAAUUUACAGCAGUUGUUUAACCUGGGUUCAGUGCUGACUUCUACUUUAAAUUAGUUUUAGCUGUUUUCUAUUUCUGUUUUUAAAACAACUGUAAAUAUAAUAAACUCAGACUGUGGAAAAAA